AUGUCAACUCUACUCAUUCUUUUCAAUUACACCAUUCGAAUAGCUUUUUUGAUUCUGUACCGCAAAGACGUCUAUGCUCUCCAACAAUCUCUGGAAAGUCUAGGUCGUCACGGUUACAACACUUCUCCUUCAGUUGUCGAGCAAGCAUAUGAAACGCUCAAGAAGUAUGAAGAUCUCAAAAGUGCUGAAGUACAAUGGCGGUUGGCUCGAGCACUUGUCGAGAAAGCUUUCUGGAUGAAGGAGAAUAAGGACAAGCUCCCUGUUCUGCAUGAGGCAAAGGAGUUGGCAAAGCAGGCCAUCAGUCUCGGGGGAGAUAGCUGUGCUGGAGCACACAAAUGGUACGCCAUCAUUUUGCAUAGACUGGGAGAACUCGAUAAGAAAGCAAACUAUUACGACGAGAUGGUAGAACACUUAGAGAAGGCAGUCAAACUCGACGAAGACGACGUCUACUCCGUGCACCUUCUAGGCGUCGUUCAUUACAAACACAAAAAGUAUGAAGAGGCACUGAGGCAGUUUGAGAAAGCAGAGCACGUCAGGGAGAAAUUUUCGCCAUGCAAUCUAUACUACUAUGGGGCUGCUUUGUUAGCUCUCGGAAGAAAAGAAGAAGCGAUCAAGCAUUUCAUUCAAGCAUACAAGGCACAUGCUCAUAACGAGCAUGAAGUGAAGGCACGAGCAGAUGCGAGGACAGCGCUUUUGCACUUGAAUGUGGACCAAGCUCUGUACGAGAUUCAUCCAUAUUAACAGCACACUCAUUGAGUUUGUGCUAGGCAGCUGACUCAGAGCAUUUGCUUACAGUUUUGUAAAGUUGUAGAUUCCAAUAGACGAGUAAUAUAAUUAAAAGUUUUAUUAAAUGCU